AAAGAAAGAAAGAAAGAAAGAAAGGAUUAUGUUUGGAUGUACGGCAUUGAAGAACGGCCCGGCGCCAGUUGUGGAGUGUACCAUGUCACCGCUUACAGGAAACUUACGGACAAAACAACAACAACAGCAACAACAACAACAACAACAACAAUAAUAACAACAAUAACAACAACAACAACAACAACAACAACAAUAAUAAUAAUAAUAAUAAUAAUAAUAAUAAUAAUAGUAAUAAUAGUAAUCAUCGAUUGAAACGUCCACCCCAACAAAAACUACACCCUCAACUGCAACCGAAGCUGCAAUUACAAAUACAACCACAGCGAAAACUACAGCCCCAACAACAACAAUCCCAACUGCGGUCCCAAAUGCAUCCGCAACAACCUCAGCGACUACAACACCAACACCUACCACAGUUGCAACCACAACCACAGCUACUGGUACUACUACAAGGGCAAUCGCAUCUACAGCCGAAACUGUUGCACAAACAACAACAACAACAACAACAACAACAACAACAACAGUCUCAGCCGCGGUCCGAGAUACUACUACUACCACAACAAUCACAAUCACAAUCACAAUCACAACAACCUCAAGUACAGCUACAGCUGCCGCCAAAACUGCAAUUUCAAAUAUAUCGCCAAAAACACCAACACGUACAACAAGGACAAAAACAGCAACAACAACAACAACAACAUCAACUACAGCAGCAGCUGUGGCCGCAGCAGCAGCAACAUCCCCUUAAAAACCGCAACAGCAAAAACAACAACAGCAGCAACAACAGUAAUAAAAUCUUCAAUCACCAAAGCGGAUCCAGUAUAAACAACACUCGCACUAACAUCAGCAAUAGUAGCGGCGGUAGUGGUAGUGGUAGUGUUAGUGGUAGAGGCAGUGACAGUAGUGGUGGUAGUGCUGCUGACGGCAACAGCAGCAGCAGUAGUAGUCACUGCAUGAACAAGAGUAGCAUUAAUAAAAAUAAUAAUAAUAAUAAUAGUAGUAGUAGUAGUAGUAGUAAUAAUAAUAAUAAUAAUAAUUAUCUGUAUACAAAUGUAAACGAUUGUAACAACACUCGUAGUAACAUCGCCAACACCGCCAGCAGUAGUAGUAGCAGCAGCGGUGGUGGUAGUAGUAGUAGUAGUAGUAGUAGUAGUAGUAGUAGUAGUAGUAGUAGUAGUGGUGGUGGUGGUGGUGGUGGUGGUAGUAGUAGUAGUAGUAGUAGUAUAGUAGUAGUAGUAGUAGUAGUAGUAGUAGUAUAGUAGUAAAGGCGGCGGCUGCAGCAGCCACAGAAGUAGAGGUCGUGGUGGCGGCGGAGUCGUCAGCGUGAUCGUCAGUGUGAACGGCAGAGGUAGCGGUGGCGGCGGCGACGUUGACUACGGAGACGGCGGCGGCGGCGGCGGCGUUGCCAAUUGCGGCAGUUGUGUUAUUAACAACAUGAAAAUACACAUGAGCGGGUCCGCGGCAAUGGCUUUGGACAACGUGUUGAUUACGACGAAUCCGUGUAACGAAUUUAGACAAAUGGCCGACAUUAAUAGCAC